ACACACACUAAUGUGAAGACGCACGGCACUUGUGCACAGCAUCUACAUGCAUUACCAAUCAAUCCGCUGCAACUUGUUGACUGAUACGGCAAGUGAAAACAAACAGUCUUUCUUGCAGGAGCCUAACAACCCUUCAAGCCACAAUGACAGUCUCUAGAUCUUUUCCAUGACUGAUUUCCUCUCUGGACUAUGACAGCGCCCAUGACAGCCCUCGGUAUGGGAAACCAACGAUACUUUGACGUCUACCUGGACGACCCCAGUUCCAGUGAAGAUGAAUACGUUGACCUCAGUCGACCUUUGAUGUCCCCAAGGAAGUUUGCUCGCAGAAUACCCGCACGCCCCACCCCGGUGAAGACGAACACGCCAGACACAAAACUACCAAAAAGGAAGCCGGUAUGGUACUUUAAGAGGAAGAAGGAUUGCCUCCAGGCUUUCUAUGUUGUCAUGAUCAUUAUGGUGAUUGUUCUAUUUGCCUUAGUUUUGAUGAGGAUCUUGAAGGAUGCCGCCAAACACCGGACCAGUGAUGACGAAGAUACAAAUCAUCUAUCUGCCAUUGCCUCAUUCGGGAACUUUGCCAUGGGUAGGCCUUUUGGGAUCGGCAUGCCGAUUAAACCCUCGGAAAAACCCACUGUGUCUUCCAAUUUGAAAGAACCUCCAAAGACCCCCACUGUUGCUAGUCAAGAUGAAGAUGAACCAUCCAAAGCUGAUGCUGCUAACCCUCAGGAAGAGCCUCAAAGAACAGUACUACCUUGUACCAAGUACACUCUCCAGGAUGUCUGGAUCCAGAACAUUCCACAGCUACAGAUAGAGUCAGGCAUCAGACUCUUGGAUGUCAACCAAGACAGUGUGCUUGAUGUGAUCAUAGGAUUUGCAACAGAUGUCGGUUCAUAUUUUGCUGACGAGUACCUAGGCAGAUAG